AAUAUUGUCGCAUCGAGUGAGCUUCCACUGCUUUCGCCUAACAACACCUCCAAUACACCCCACCCACACACACUUCCAACACCCAGUGCAUUGCCAAGCAGCCUCUUCUCUACAGUUCCUAUUACUUUUCUCCGUCACUCCGAUGAUUUGCUCUUUGAUGAACAUCAAUAUGGAAACAUAUCAACUCCAGGCCCCAGUGAAGCACCACGCUCAGAACAAGGCCCCUGGCACCGACAUGCUUCCGACACGUUUCCAAACCCACAAACCAUCACAGAUGAUAAUUCUCAAGAGCCUACAGUUGAGUCAUUGAAGGAUACCCAACAAGAGCUCUUUCUCCUUCGACAUUAUUCAGAAUGCAUAGCACCAUGGAUGGACUUGCUUUACCGAUAUGAGGUGUUCAGCCGUGAAGUGUUAACCUUGGCUCGCGAGCAUUCAAUACUUCGAUAUGCCGCUUGUGCAGUAGCCGCAAAACAGCUGGGUCAGAUGAAUCAUCCGAUCCCAGCUCUUUGCGGCAAAAUCCAACAAAACAUAGCAACUCGGUGUUUCCGCGGAAGGUCUGGAUUUAUUUGGUACGGCAUCAAAUAUUAUGAAAAGGCCAUUCGGACACUUGUCAAAUCCAUCACCCCCAAGGAUCAACAAGCGCCUCACCUCGCUCAAACUCAGGCCAGUGAUGAUCAUGCUUCCCCCGCUGUUUCUCUAUCGCAGGGAGAUUUAAUGGUACGCGCCGAAGGCGAGGACCCAAUCGUCAGACUUCUAGGUACCUGUAUUCUUAUUCAGUACGAAGCCUUGAGUGCCAACCGAGACGCCUGGUCUGGACAUUUAACUGGUUUCUCCAAGCUUCUUGAUUUGAUAGACGCUGGGCAGUUACUUAUCCACCAUCCCAUUUUUGAACAAGUUUACCCGUGGACAAAAAGCAUUAUGGAGGUCAAGGCUGGCUUUUGGAACUUCGUCGCCAACGACUUAGAACAGUCUUUCGUUGCUCAUCGUCAAACUCGUGUAGAUACCGAGAACCUUGCACUAUGGAGAAAUAUGGGACUUCUUAUUGAAGAUGAUGGGUCACUCAGCCUAUUCGAUGGCCAAUACAGCCUAUCAACAACACCCGAGCAUGCAAGGGAUAAGGUCCUCUCAUACACCUUGAUUCGAUUAUUGUGCAAGUUGAUUGAUUAUGUGGCGCCUAUCCCACCGAUGGGUCAGCUUCCAACGCAAGGCUCUCCCAGCAGUCUUGAUCCUACCAGAGACAGAUUCGUACAUCUCGAGAGCCAGUUUGACAAUUGGUACCGAAUCCUCUCUCCAUCUUUCCAUCCAGAUGGAAAGUUCUCUGCCAUGGGAGAGGAUCUAAAAGAGAUCGGAGGUUCCGGGCUCUUCAACAGCGCUCUCUGGUUCAGCAAUGAUCUCUGCUCGACAACAAUGAUGUAUUACCACAUGGCUCGAAUGUUGCUCAUCACCCAUCGCCCAGUAGGGCUAUUGUCGAGGGGUCAUGACCCAGAUAAUACGUUACCGGUUGAUCUAUUAUCUACCUUCAGGGAGAUGGAGAAAGGACUCAAAGUCCACGCUUCAGAAGUGAUCGCAAUCGUUCGCGGAACUCCCUGCGAUGCUGUCAAACUGAGAUCUAUCCAGCCGCUAUAUUUAGCUGGCCGAAGUUGCACAACAAUGAGUGAUCGGAGAACACUAGUAGACAUGUUCAGGGAUAUCCAGAAUGGGUUGGGUAUUGCAACUGGAUAUAGGGUCGAGGCUUUACUACAAGAAUGGGGAACAUCAUACGAGGAACUAGACACACAACCAUGGCCGGCUUCCGAGGAUCAUCAUGCGCCACAACAAUAG